AUGCCCAAGGACUCGAUCGUGAUCAAAGGCCCAGAUUUCAACCAGACCGUGACCUUGGACUCCUUACUUUCGACCUUUAUCCACUCUGGCUUCCAGGCCUCGGCCAUUGGUCGUGCUAUCGAGAUUAUUAAUGAGAUGCGUCAAUGGCGUCUUUCGGAUGAGCCUCUCCCACUUCCCACUGCUGAGGACCCCAUCGUCGAUCCUGAACUGCUGGACCCCGAGUAUCGCAAGUCCGUGAAAUGCAAGAUCUUUCUGGGGUACACUUCGAAUUUAGUUUCGUCCGGUGUUCGUGAGGUGAUCCGGUUCUUGGUCCAACACAAACUUGUUGACUGUUUGGUUUCGUCCGCCGGCGGAGUCGAGGAGGAUUUUAUCAAGUGCUUGGCUCCGACAUACUUGGGAGAGUUCUCGCUGGAUGGCAGUAAGUUGAGAAAGAGUGGAUUGAACAGGAUUGGGAACUUGUUGGUUCCGAAUGAUAACUACUGCAAGUUUGAGGAUUGGGUCAUGCCAAUCCUGGAUAAGAUGUUGGAGGAGCAGAAGGACGAGACGAUUAAAGCCCAUUGGGCACCGAGUAGUGUCAUCAGCAGGUUGGGUAAGGAAAUCGCACAUGAGGAGUCGAUCUACUAUUGGGCCUAUAAGAACGACAUUCCAGUGUUCUGCCCAGCGUUGACGGACGGUUCUUUGGGCGAUAUGAUCUACUUUCACUCGUAUAAGAACCCCGGUUUGAUCAUCGAUAUCGUCUCGGAUAUCCGCGCUAUGAACAACCAGGCCGUGUUCGCCAAGAAGACUGGAGUCAUCAUCCUCGGCGGUGGAGUUGUUAAGCAUCAUAUCUGCAACGCCAAUCUCAUGCGCAAUGGUGCAGAUUUUGCGGUGUUCAUCAACACAGGCCAGGAGUUUGACGGAAGUGAUGCAGGAGCUCGACCGGACGAGGCAGUUUCGUGGGGCAAGAUUCGUAUGGAUGGAAAAUCCGUCAAGGUCUACACGGAUGCGACAAUCGCCUUCCCUCUAAUCGUCUCGCAGACCUUUGCCAAGGAGUUUCAAAAGAUUGAUGAAAAGUUUUCAUAG